AUGACAGCAUCUCAGAAUACCAUAAAGUUAUUGCAUGGUAACUCUCAUCCUGAACUUGCAAAGUUAAUUUCCAAAAAGUUAAGUAUAGGUUUGGCUAAGGUUGGUGCUUUUCAGUAUACUAAUAAAGAGACAGCCGUUGCAGUAGGGGAGUCUGUAAGAGAUGAAGACGUCUAUAUUAUUCAAACAGGUUGCGGUGAAGAAGAAAUAAAUGAUUUUUUGAUGGAGCUAUUAAUCAUUAUCAAUGCUUGUAAGACUGCUAGUGCAAGAAGAAUCACUGCUGUCAUCCCAAAUUUUCCUUACGCAAGGCAAGAUAAAAAAGAUAAAUCAAGAGCUCCCAUUACUGCAAAAUUGAUAGCAAAUCUCUUGCAAACGGCAGGGUGUAAUCAUGUUAUAACAUUAGAUUUACAUGCAUCACAAAUUCAAGGUUUUUUUAGAGUGCCUGUUGAUAACUUGUACGCUGAACCUUCUGUAUUAAGACACAUUAAAGACAAUUAUGCAAAUGAAGACUUAAUUAUUGUUUCUCCUGAUGCUGGUGGAGCUAAGAGAGUUGCGUCUAUUGCAGAUAAAUUAGAUGUUAAUUUUGCUUUGAUUCAUAAGGAAAGGCAAAAAGCAAAUGAAGUUUCAAAAAUGGUUCUAGUAGGUGAUGUCACUAAUAAGUCUUGCUUGUUAAUCGACGACAUGGCUGAUACAUGUGGCACAUUGGUUAAAGCGGCUGAUGUUUUAUUAACUAAUGGUGCUAAGAAGGUUGUUGCGAUAAUCACACACGGCAUAUUUUCUUCAAAUGCAAUUGAAAAGCUCAAUAAUUCGAACCUUGACAAAAUCAUUUGUACUAACUCUAUGCCAUUAGAAAGUAAGUUAUCCCAAUGUUCUAAAUUAGAGAUAAUAGAUAUAAGUGCUACGCUAGCUGAAGCUAUUAGAAGAUUGCAUAACGGUGAAAGUGUUUCUUAUUUAUUUAACAAUGCUCCUGCUUGA